UACAAGACCAGGGUGUACAAACAGACCAAUCUGGAUGAGAAGCAACUAGCCAAACUGCACACCAAGGCUAGUCUGAAGAAAUUCAUGGAUUAUAUCCAAACCAGCGCUGUGGACAAGAUGACGAAGUUCUUAGACAAAGGCCUCGAUCCCAACUAUCAGGACCCUGACACCGGCGAGACGGCUCUGUCCCUGGCGGUGCAGUGUGAGCCGGGUGGAGGGGAGUCCAUCCGGGUCCUGGUGGAGGGGGGGGCUCACAUUGACUUCCGUGCCAAAGAUGGACUCACACCCUUACACAAAGCUGUGCGAGGCCACCGCCAUACAGCCCUGCUGGUCCUGCUGUCCCUGGGUGCGUCUGCAGACUAUAAGGACCGGCGGGGGCUGACACCGCUCUAUCACACUGUGCUGACGGGGGGGGACACCUCCUGCUGUGAAACACUGCUCUACCACCACGCCAAACUGGGCAUCAGGGACGAGAACGGCUGGGACGAGACACAUCAGGCCUGUCAAAAUGGUAACUCGCAGCAUCUGGAGCACCUCCUCUUCUAUGGGGCAGAUUCUUCCUCCCAGAAUGCCUCUGGAAACACUGCCUUGCACAUCUGUGCUUUAUACAACAAGGAAAGCUGUUCGCGAAUACUGCUCUACAGGGGAGCAAAUAAAGACACAAAGAACAAUAGUGGGCAGACCGCUUUUCAGGUGGCUGUUAUGUCAGGCAAUUUUGAGCUGGGAGAAAUCAUCAAAAAUCACCGGGACACAGAUGUGGUUCCCUUUGUGGAAUCUCCAAAGUACGCCCCGCAGAGGCGAGAGAGCACCCGUACCCUGACGAUACCCCACCCUCACCCCUUCCUCCGAGCAAACAGUGACAGCAGUAUGAACCUCCCAGACUGGAUGGCAGUGCCCAAUGCCCCAGGGACCAAUAUUGUCUCUGUGCAGGGCUAUAAACAUACAGGAACCCUGCGGAGCUCCAGCAGUCCCAGAGGGGCGAGGACGCGCUCCCCGUCCCGAGGAAGAAUCGGAGACAAGGAGGACCGGAGCAGGCAGAGUCGGAGACAGGGGCCUGCCCCUGCCACCACGGCUGCACAGACCGCAGACCAGCGGAGACGCCUUUACAGCGCUGUCCCAGGACGAGUCUUUGUAGCUACUCGAUCACAUUCUGCCCAGGGAGAGCGGGAAAUCAGCUUUAAUAAGGGUGAAAGGGUCAAAGUGUUGAGUGUUGGCGAGGGCGGGUACUGGGAGGGGACGGUCAGGGGGCGCACAGGCUGGUUCCCCUCUGACUGUGUGGAGGAAGUGAUGCUUCGAAGCCAAGACAACCGAUCAGAGAGUCGUGGAGAGCGGGCCAAAAGGCUGUUCCGUCAUUACACGGUGGGAUCCUAUGACAGCUUUGAUGCUCCCAGUGACUACAUAAUAAAGGAGAAGACAGUGCUUCUACAGAAAAAGGACAGCGAGGGUUUCGGCUUUGUGCUUAGAGGGGCUAAAGCUCAGACUCCUAUCGAGGAGUUCACCCCCACCCCGGCUUUCCCUGCUCUGCAGUACCUGGAGUCUGUGGACGAGGGAGGGGUCGCCUGGAGAGCCGGGCUCAGGAUGGGGGAUUUCCUGAUAGAGGUCAAUGGUCAGAAUGUGGUGAAGGUCGGUCACCGACAGGUCGUCAACAUGAUCCGGCAGGGGGGAAACAGCCUUAUGGUGAAAGUUGUCAUGGUAACCCGCAACCCCGACAUGGAGGAGGGUUCGAGGAAGAAAAUCCCCCAGCAGAGCAAGAGGCUGAGCACCCCCGCUAUCGCCCUACGAUCCAAAUCCAUGACUUCAGAACUGGAGGAGAUGGUAGAGAGAGCUGCUACCCCUUGGAAAAAAAAAUCAGAAUUCGAAUCCUCCCAAGUCACAGAGAAGAAGAGGACAGUCUAUCAGAUGGCUUUGACUCAGCAGACCAUCAGCACCAAUGAAGCACCAGGGACACGGGGACAGGGGCCAAAAAGAGACAGAGGACGAAGUUUCUAUGGCAAUGAGCCAAACUACGGGGAUCAGUCUGGGAUGGGGAUGAUGUCGUCUGGGUUGGGCCUCGGCUAUGACCGUGGCCAGUUCACCUCAGGUCACGGCCCACCGCACGGUAUGCUGCGGCAGAAGUCCAUCGGGGCGGUUGAGGACGAAAGGCAGUUCCUGCAUCCUCCAGCAAUGAAGUUUGCUCGCAGUCUGUCAGUGCCCGGCCCAGACGAAAUCCCCCCUCCUCCCACCACAGCACCACCAGAACCUCCAUUCUCCUCUGCUCCGCCACUUGGUUGGAGAGCAAAGUCCUCCCAGCAGCCCUCUGUCUCUGUGUCCCAGUCCACAGCCACCUCUGCACACUACCAGCCCUACUCCCAGCCAGUGCACUUCACCCAUGGGGGCAGGGAAAGGGCAGGGGGUCCCAGCACUGGCCCCAGUGGUGGAGCAGUGGACCACACCACCUCAUAUGCACACGCUGCUGCCCAUACUACUCAAAGCAGGACUGCUUCGAGGAAAGUUGCCUAUACUGGAGAGCCUGGUGGAGCUGGGUCAGGGGCUGGUGGAGGGGCUGGAGGAGGGGCCAAGGCAGCAGGUCUUAGAAGAGGCUACAGCACAGCGGUCUCCCCCUCCAGCAUUGCCACUGUAAUGCCCCAGCAACAGCAGCCUGCCCAGAGCCAAUCCCAUCGUGCAGAGCGCAGUGCAGCUGGAGCAGGCGGUCCUAAAGGAGGGGCCCGGAGAGGUAAAGGCCCCCUGGUGAAGCAAUCCAAGGUAGAAGACCUGCGCUUGAGCCAGGGUACACUGGGGGGUAAAGGCACAGUGGAGAAAAGCUCCAUCCCCAUCCCCACAAUAAUUGUCAAGGCCCCUUCAACCAGCAGCAGUGGGCGCAGCAGCCAAGGCAGCAGUGUGGAGGCCGAUGUUCCUGCAUCAGGGGAGGCAGAUGAAUCCAAAACAGCUCAUGGUCCUCCCCCCUCCAGUCCUGCUCCGCAGCCCCCUGCCCCACCUUCCAUCCCAGCACCGCCGCCUCCAUCCUUACCCUCAAUCCGUGCCCAGGAUAAUAUGGACUAUACUAGCCAGUUUGGUGCUGCCAUUGUUGGCGCUGCUCGCCGAGACAGGGGACGGUUUCAUGAACUCUGCCGAAAGGGUUCCUCAAUGUUCAUGUCUGCUGAUGAGGACGUGAUUCUUGGGGGAGGGAGUGAUGGCAUUUCAAGGACUCAAGCGUUGCAGCAACAGCUUAGCACACAGGCUGAAAACUCAUCAACACGGCUGCGCCCCUCCAAGUCUAUUGAUGAGGGCAUGUUCUCUGGGGACAGCUUUAUCCAUCACACCCGCAGUAUGCCUCCAGCCUUUGACCUACCUGAGUACUCCUCAGCUGCCCAGGACUAUCAGCCCAAAUCUGUACCGACUGACCUUUACACUGGCAGGCAGUCCGCAUCCUCUAGUAAAACCACCUUCAUUCACCCUCUAACAGGAAAGGCUCUUGACCCCACAUCGCCACUAGGUCUCGCCCUCGCUGCGAGAGAGCGUGCUCUGAGGGAUGACAGCAGGUUAAGGAGGGGAACAGAGCCCCAUUUCACCCGCCAGAUGUCGAGUGGGGGGUUUCCUUCUUCUUCUGUCACCUCUCAGCCAGUGUCUUCCACCGCCCAGUCCUCCAGCUCCUCUUACCUGGUCACCUCAUCUUCUUUGGCUGCUACUACGGCCACUGCUGGCCGCCCACCCUCACCCAGAAUCCUCAGAGGAGUCGGGAGUGUGUGGAAUGAGGAAGGCGGUGGAGGAGAGAGAGAGCGGGAUGGAGGAGGGGCACGUGAGGGGCUAAGAGUUCGCUUUUCUGAAGAUAAAACGGUCCACACACACCACUACCAGUCUCAGCCGUUUCAGCCAUCCUACAAGGAGAGGGAGCGGGAGAGGUCGAGGGAGCGGGAGAGGUCGAGGGAGAGGGAGAUGUCAAGAGAGAGAGAGAGAGAACAAGAGAGGGAGGGUUACUUAAGGAGGGCAGAGCAGGCUGCUGAUAGUGCUGCUCAACAGGGGUCCCAGCAGCCUCAGAGACCCUCUUUUCUCAGGAUGGAAAGUCAAGCUGAUGCCUAUAUCUUGUCCCUCACCCCUCCCUCCCCUCCCCCUACCGGUACUCAGCAGACAGCCAACAGUACUGGGAGCACUGGGUCUGGUUUGAUGGUUCUUCCUCCCCCUGCCCCUUCAAUUGAUGCGGACGAUGAGUUUGUCUACGCAGACCCUCUCCCACCUCCGUUACAGUUUGCUAAUAGCUUCGACAGGGGGAUGGGGGGAAUGUCAGGGUACUCGCAACACGGGAUGCGCCCCAACAGCCUGCUUUCCCGCCAACAGCAGGUCCCGCCCCCUCCACCUCCACCUCCUCCACCACCACCCCCUCCAACAACCCAAAAAGAAUCAUUUAUAGGUGGGUUUCCUUCUCACACACCCCUGCCCUCACCUCAGGCAGGGGACUCCACUGCCUCCAGCCUCACAUCGUAUGACAGCGAGGUGGCUAACCUGACUCAGUCCGCUCACUCCCCCUCCCAAACCUCACCCAACCCUCUGCCCUCUCACUCGCCCUCUACCCUGCAGCCCACCUCAGCAUCGGGACCUCCACCUCCCCCCUCAGUCUCGCCACCGCCUCCUCCUGGAUCCUAUCACAGACCCUUCUCUAUGUCCCACCCCCACCACCUUUACAACAGCUCUCACACGCCUGGGCGCUCCCCCACGCCUCCCCCACACACAGUCACGCCCCCCCCGGCCUACCGUGGUCCCCAAGCCCCCUCCUCCNAGGAGAUCUCAGACCAGAUCUUUGGUUAA